GAGCUCCACUCAAUCGCAGGUCUGCACGCUAGUGAACAUCAGUAGUCAGUCCACCAAGAGUGAAAGUUAGUGUUUAACAUAGACAAGCCGGUGGUGGUGGUGCUCAAGUGCCUCUUCAUUUUCCUUCAAGAGCAACCUGUCUCACUCACAAAUCGGAAAAUACAUAUUAUGCAGACAUUGGAGUGAUCAAUUUAUUAGAGCGGAUUCCUACUUGCGUUGGACCUGCCUGAGCGAGAUACCGUAAAAAUGCGUACCUGGGUGCUACUCUUGUUGCUGCUGCAGUCGCCUCUUUUGCUUGCUCACCAGACCACUGAGGUUGUCAAAUCAGAAGAUGCCGCCGUAAUGUUGAGCUGGUCGUCGCGGAUUAUGAAUUCGAUGCGCUCGCUGCUGACAUCGGUGAUGUCCACUUUCACCGGAGGCAACUGGGACGGCCCGUCAUCUACAGACGCCCUCGAUAGACAGAGUCGCAACCUACCCAAAGAGCAACCUAAAGCGGAAGCCCUCGUCGAACGCACAGAAGCUGUUCAGCAAGUUGAGACAAAUGAAAUCGAGCCAAGUGAAGUUUCCCACGCGCCGUACCGGGCAAAUCUAAUCAUUGACAACUUUAGUUGUUUUGGGUGCCGAGCAGCCAUUAACACGCUAAUCACCCUAGCCAAGUCGCGUCCUUCACACGCUACAGUCCACAGUGCCCUCACCCUUCUCUGUUCAACCUUGCGAAUCCAAUCAGGCAAAGUUUGCUCAGCAGCCAUGGAGCAGUACAUUCCCGAGUUUUACUACAUCCUGAGCACCGGUGAGGUUGACGCAACGCGCUUCUGCUCCAUUAUUUUGCAGGGCUAUCCCUGCAAUUCGCCUGACCUUCGACUCCAAUGGAGUGUCCCGCUGCCGCCGCCUCCUCUGAAGAGCACCAACAGAGUUGUGCGUAGGCCCAUGGCGCUUCUGACGCCAGUUAAGUUCCUCCACUUGACGGACAUUCACUUUGACCCCGAGUACCAGGAGGGAACCAGCAUUAACUGUGGAGAACCUCUGUGCUGCAGACCUGAAAGCAGGUACUUGCCUGAGCACCGACGCCUCCAGAGCUUGGCAGACAUUGACAAGGCAGGCUAUUGGGGAGAAUAUAGGGGCUGCGACAUGCCCUGGAGAACCAUCGAAGCAACCCUGAACCACAUUGCUGAGGAUCAUAAGGAUAUUUCUUACAUAAUUAUGACUGGUGACCUGCCUCCACAUGCAAUCUGGGAUUCAAGCAAUGAUGAAAACACCUUGAUUAUAAAGGAGCUGAACAAUGCUCUGGCAAAACGGUUCCCCAAUACCCAAAUCUAUCCAACUAUUGGCAACCAUGAGGCUCAUCCUCUGAACAGCUUUGGUCCGCUCAAACCAACUGGGCCAACUAACAUGACUACCAAGUGGCUUUUUGACGCUGCUGCCGACGCUUGGUCUCAGUGGCUUCCCCAGGAUGCUCUUGAAACUGUACGCCAAGGAGGAUUCUACUCUGUCCUUGUACAGCCAGGAUUCAGAAUAAUCGCCAUAAAUUCAAACUUGUGCUACAUUUUAAACUGGUGGCAAAUAUUCGAGUACAAAGAUCCGUAUGGAAUGCUGAGCUGGUUGGUUGAGGAGCUCAAGAAGGCUGAGGAAAAUCAGGAAAAGGUCCACAUAAUUGGCCACCUUCCUCCUGGAUCAGUGGAGUGUUGGGGACUUUGGUCUAAGCAGCUAGACAGAAUAAUCAACAGAUUUCAAAGGACAAUUACAGCGCAGUUUUACGGUCACACACAUUUUGAGGAAUACAAAGUUGUGUUUGCACCCAGGUCUAGAAAUAGGCCACUUGCAAAACCAAUCAGCACUGCCUACAUUGGAGGAAGCGUCUCCACCUACACAGACCUCAACCCCAAUUACAAAGUUUACUACUCAGAUGGUGGUUACAAGGGCGCCAGUUGGGAUAUUAUUGACCAUGAAACAUGGAUUUUCAACCUGACCGAAGCCAACCAGGCUGGUCCAGAGGUGCCACUUAGAUGGUUCAAGCUUUACUCGGCAAGGAAAGAUCUGCAGCUGGCAGAUCUUUCCGCCACUGAGCUUUACAAAGCCGCACUCAGGAUGGUGCACGAUGACAAAUUGUUCGAGACAUUUUUUGGGAUUACUGUAAAAAGAGGAGAUACUUCAAUGAAGAAAGGUUGUGACUUCAGGUGCAAGGAGGAGAUUUUAUGCAAUCUGGUGACUUCUGAUUAUGGCGACUUAAGUCACUGCAGUGAAAUUAAAAGAAGAAUGCUUGCUAGGAGAUAAAAACACAAUAUAGGUGUUUGUAAAUUAUGUGUAAAAAGUUAAAAUAAAUAUUCAUCUCUACUCUUUUCCAUCUGCUUCUGUACAGUGCAAAACUCCAUUGGUUCGAAUACAAUGCGAAACUUGAUUGAAAGACUGAAACUUGAUGGCAUAAAAUAACUUUUUUUUCCAGCGCCAACAUUUGUUUGUUUGUUUGUUUUUUUUUUUUUAAAAGAUGCUGUUUUCACACAAAGAGAAGUAUUCAGUUAUGGAUAUCUUUUAUUGCAAUCUUUUUUUUUGUGAGAGAAUUAAUAAAUUAAUUGAAUUUAAUAAAAUAAAUUUAAUUUGA